CGCCUCCUGACGCAGAAGAAGAACGCAGAGCGCGCUGAUUGGCUGCAGUCGGGGGCGUGCAGCGGAGAGCACAGAUGGCGGCGGUGACCAGAAGAUCCUUCAGCGCUCUCAGAGUUCUGCUGACCCAGCAGUACCGCCGGAGGAGUUUUGGACCCCAGAACCUGAGGCUGAGCAGAACCGAAUCGGCGCCGUCCAGAUGGGCCGCGUCGCUGCAGACGUCCUGCAACAGGACGCUGCAGACCACCGUGGAGCGGCGCCGACCCGUGGUCCAGUUCAAGCUGUCUGACAUUGGAGAGGGCAUCAUGGAGGUCACGGUCAAGGAGUGGUACGUGAAGGAGGGGGACAGGGUGUCUCAGUUUGACAGCAUCUGCGAGGUCCAGAGCGACAAAGCGUCCGUCACCAUCACCAGCCGCUACGACGGCGUCAUCAGGAGGCUGUACUAUGAAGCCGACGCCACCGCCCUGGUGGGCAAGCCGCUGGUGGACAUCGAGACGGAGUCUGCAUCAGAGCUGAGCCAGGAGGAUGUGGUGGAGACGCCCGCCAUGGCCCGUGAGGAGCACACCCACCAAGAGAUCAAAGGUCACAAGACCCAGGCCACGCCCGCCGUCCGCCGCCUCGCCAUGGAGAACAACAUCAAGCUCAGUGAAGUGGUGGGGACGGGGAAGGAUGGACGCAUCCUGAAGGAGGACAUCCUGAACUUCCUGGCCAAGCAGACCGGCGCCAUCUUGCCUCCAGCUCCGCUUUUCCAGGAGGUCCAGACGCCAGGCCCCGCCCCCGCCGCUGCACCGCCCCUCAGCGCCCCAGCUGCGGUCAGACCUCCACCUGCGGCCCCAAGACCCGUCUUCACCGGGAAGGACGUGACAGAGCCGCUCAAAGGUUUCCACAAAGCCAUGGUGAAGACGAUGACAGCGGCGCUGAAGAUCCCUCACUUUGGUUACUGUGACGAGGUCGACCUGAGCCGAUUGGUUCUGCUGCGGUCCGAACUGAAGCCGGUCGCCGAGAGACGCGGCAUCAAACUCAGCUACCUGCCCUUCUUCAUCAAGGCCGCCUCCCUCAGCCUGCUUCACUUCCCCAUCCUGAACUCCACGCUGGACGAAGGCUGCCAGAACAUCACCUUCAAGGCGUCCCAUAACAUCGGCGUUGCCAUGGACACCAGCCAGGGCCUGCUGGUCCCCAGCGUGAAGAGCGUCCAGCUGCUCAGUGUUUUCCAGGUGGCCCAGGAGUUGACCCAGCUGCAGGCGCUGGGCGCCGCUGGCCAGCUGGGGACAGCCGAGCUGAGCGGGGGAACCUUCACUCUGUCCAACAUCGGAUCGAUCGGAGGGACGUACGCCAAGCCGGUCAUUCUUCCUCCAGAGGUCGCCAUCGGAGCACUGGGGAAAAUCCAGGUUCUGCCGCGGUUCGGCCCAGACGGUCAAGUGAAGGCAGCCCACAUCAUGAAGGUGAGCUGGUCAGCAGAUCACCGCCUCAUCGACGGCGCCACCAUGUGUCGCUUCUCCAACCUGUGGCGGGAGUACCUGGAGAACCCGGCCAGCAUGCUUCUGGACCUGAAAUAGACACUUUUACCCAUCAGCCCCGGGGAGGCCGGCCCCUCGAGCCCACGGCCCCGCCCAUUCCACUCCUUCACUUCCUGUUUGUGUCUGAGGCCUUCCUGUCGCUCCGUAGCUUCCUUGUUGCCUUUGAGCAGGACCCUGGGGGGCGGUUACCAUGACGACCAAGCAGACACCGGGAGAUCCAGAAUCAUUCGGCAGGAGAACCGGACCGGUUCCCCACACCCACAGGUCCAAUUCACAUGACCUGACCAGCUGACCUUUCAGGGUCCGCCCCCUCUUUCUGUUGCACUGGAACUAGUGGGGGCCGCAUAACCGUGGUUACGGCUGGCGUCCCAUGUUGGUCCUUCAUGUCCCGCGUGUCUUUGGUGCUUCCCCGGGUCAAAGGUCAGCUGCAAAGUCUGGCCCGGUGGCUCUGGGACCUGGAGGGCGCAGUAGGACCCGGUUUGCCUCAACGGGUUGGGAGCCGGGCUGGUUCAGAACCAGAGCGUCUCCUGAUGAUGGGGUGGUCGGUGUCGCCGCCCUGCUGGCAGCUCCAGGGUCCUGCUCCGGUCACAUUCAUUAAAGCUUUUCUAUGUUUAGUGGGAAGAUCUCAAUAAAGCUGCUGAAAACA